AUGCUCGCAUCAUCCGACAACAAGGCUUUGCCUUCCGAACCAAAGAAGAUUAAAAUACUUUUUGUUACCGGCAAUGAGAAUAAGAAGAAGGAGGUUCAACAAAUCAUGGGAGAUGAAUUCCAAGUAGAUUCUCUCGCUAUUGAAUUACCGGAACUUCAAGGAGAAAUUGAAGAAAUCUCAAAGGAAAAGUGUCGAAUUGCCAUUCAAAACGUUUUGACUGAUCCAAGAAUUGCCUACAAAUACGGUUCUGAACAUGUGAUUGUCGUGGAAGAUACUUCACUUUGUUUCAAUGCUUUAAAUUCAUUACCUGGCCCAUAUAUUAAAUGGUUUUUGGAAAAGCUCGGACAUGAUGGUUUGAACAAGAUGUUAGUCGGAUUUGAAGAUAAGAGUGCUUCUGCUGUUUGUACUCUUGCCUAUUGGCAUCCAAAGUGGUUGCAGGAACAACUCAAGAAAAUGAAAGGUCAUUCCCAUUUGCAUGACCAUGGUCAUCAUCAUGAUCACGGAGAACAUGGAUGUUGUGAUCAUGGAGAGGGUCAUCAUCACCACAAGCAUUCCACUACUGAAAACACAGAAUGCUGUAAAGGUUUAAGUGCUGAAGAAUGUUGUAAAAACAAGGAAGGUGGAGAAAAGUGUUGUGACAAGGAAGAAUGUUGUGAUAAGGAGGGAUGUUGCGAAAAGGAAGGUGGUGAUGAGGAAUGGGAAGACGAGGAUCAACAUGGAUGCUGUGACGAUCAUGGAUGUUGCGGAGAAGUUGAACUUAAUUUGGAUCCAUUGGUAAUAAGAGGUGAUACCAAGGGUAUGAUUGUUCCACCAAGAUCAAGUGAUGAGCCUGCUUUUGGCUGGGACCCAAUUUUCCAACCAGAAGGAUUCUCGCAAACUUAUGCAGAAAUGUCUAAGGAGCAAAAGAAUUCUAUCAGUCAUAGAUAUAAGGCAUUCAAGGCUUUGCAAGAGGUUUUAUUAUCCAACAAAUAA